CAAUUACCAACUCAUCCAUCACAAACACCAGGCCCGUUCCACAGUUCCAUACCAGUGCUGCAGCACUACGUACACUCAGGUGUUUGUGGGCAUUUUGUAGCCAUGGCAUCCAAGCCCUCAGCCUCAGCUGCGCUCUUCCUUGCCCUCAAUCUCCUCUUCUUCACCCUCACCAGUGCCUGCGGCACCUGCCCAAGCCCAAGUCCUCCCUCCGGCGGCGGCAAGUGCCCCAUGGAUGCCCUCAAGCUUGGCGUCUGCGCCAACGUGCUGAAAGGCUUGAUCAACCUUAACCUCGGCAAGCCACCAAAGAAGCCCUGCUGCUCUUUGCUUGAAGGCCUCGUCGACCUCGAGGCUGCCGUUUGCCUCUGCACUGCAUUAAGAGCCAACAUUCUGGGGAUCAAGCUCAACCUUCCAAUCCACCUUAGCCUGCUUCUGAACUACUGUGGGAAGAAGACACCCAAAGGCUUCCAGUGCCCUUGAACACUCCAACUCUCUCUCUCUCUCUUCCUUUGUUCCAUUUGUUCUGGGUGAAUUUUUUAUUGAGAAUUGCAUUGUUCCUGUUUUUAUUUAUUUAUUUUUUCCAUUUCUCGUAUUUGGGAUUUCUUGUUAUUGCGUCGCUACUCGUGAUCAACUUUCAGUUUAUUGGCAAGGGAGGAGAUGAGACAGCGGUCUGGAAUGGCUGUUUGGUUGUUUAAUUAAAUUAUGUUUUGAAUACGCAAUUCUCAUCUUUAAUGAAAUGCGUAUCUUUCUUCUUCUA